AUGACCUCAUUGACAAAUGACACCAAAUCUUCGGGUAUUUGGCUCAAGAGCACGUCGUCAUUGUCCAUGUCGCUCAUUUCUGACUCUCUUUCGUUCAGUAUUGACUCAAUUCCACCAGAGCUUCGUGGUGAUCCAUAUGCACUUCGUCAUAGUUUCACACUCGAUCCGUCCACAAUGGAUGAGCAAAAGGCGUAUCAUUGCUACGGACUUGAGCAAGAUGGGGCUCUACGACCUGGAGGACAGAUAUCUCUGUUCACACGACGGACAAUCGGUCUCUUGUUAAAUUACUUUGCUAUCGGUGCUAUGUUUGGUGGUAUGAACAGCGCCAUUGUCCCUUUCUUGAGAAAGUAUCUUUUGCUGGAACAGUAUCAAGUCAAAGCGUCAGGAGUACCUGAGGUUGGGAAUUCACGAGAAGCGUGGAGGUAUGUAUUACUGAUGACAAUUGGGACGAUUGGAUACUUUUUGGCGAGUGUGGCGGCCGAUGGCAUGAUGGUGGAGGUGGCACAACGGGAACCACUGAUGACACGAGGGCAUACGCAAAUGAGCAUUUCUGUGGCGAGGACGGCUGGCUCACUCUUUAUGAGCCUUUUUGUGUCUGGAACGCUCAAUGGACUGGAGUAUGGAGGAAGCUUUUCGUGGUCGUUAAGUUUGAAUCAGAUCAUGUUCGCUUUUGCAGCGUUUGCAUUAAUACCGCUUGUAGGGUCCAUUUGGUGUUUGCAUGAAGACUUUGCAGUUCAAAGGGCACUGGUUUUCUCGUGCUCCGAUAUUGUCUCGUGUUCUGCUGCACCGCCUAAUACGACCUCCCUCAAUCCACCACUGAAUUUUAGCGAUCGCUGUCAGCUCGUUUGGAGACUGAUACGAAGUCGGAUAAUGUGGCAACUACUAGUGUUUGAGCUUAUUUCGAGUUUUUGCUUGACGAUCAACUCAAGUGCAAAACCAGCGAUUGAAGAGAUUUGGAUUGGUGUAGGUGCCUGGCCAAAUGCACUCGGGACAGCAGUGUGGAGUGUGGCUUUUAUUGGUGGUCUAUUUAUGACUCGGUGUUUUUUUAUGCAUUCGGGAUGGAGGCGUCUUUACUGUGCUGCAAUUUUAUGGAUGGUGGGCGUCGAUGUUGUUAUGGUAACAUGCACAAUUUCUGAUGUGAUGAGAAAUUGUAAUUUUUGGAUGUACAUGCAAGUGCUUGCGGCACCAGCAGUGGGGAUGCGCUUUCUAGUUCAGAUAUUGCCGAUUAUUGAGCUUGCACCGCGUGGAAUCGAAGGUACUGCUUAUGGUCUAGUGAUCACAUUUCGCUACAUUGCCAUCCCAUUGGGUACAACAACAUUUAAAGUCAUCGGUUCGUAUUUCUCGAUCUCGGACGAGGACGUGCAUCGUGACUCCGACUCUACACGGCUACAGAUCGCCUACACAUACCUUAUUGCGUGGGCUUUCCAGCUUAUGAGUCUCGCCUUCAUAGGAUUGUUUCCAUGUCAGAAACUCGCGAUUCAGCACUUGCGUUACCAUGGAGGCUACAGCACUUUAGCGGGGUGGCUUGUAGUUAUUGUGAUGUUUUGUGCUCUUAUUUACGCGACGACCGUGAGCAUACUAUUGCUUUCGAAGAGUACGUCUUGCCUUCGUAUGGCUGGGGGCUCAGGGUGCUGA